CUAGCUUCUUGUUACUACAAGACUAGGCAUUGCCAGGAAUUGCCCCAGGUAGGAUUGAUCUUUCGAGCUAUGGAGCCUGGUCCUCUUCAGUGGCGGCCUGGAUCCUACACAGAGGCAUGCCCACAUCCGGUGCCUGCCAACCUGCCGAGCUCAAGGCACCACCUACGAGAUGGCCUGCAACGCGGCUUGACGACCUUUGUGGUGCUUCAGCUCGUCCGCCGUUGGAAGCGGCGCACCCUUCGGGCCACGCGCCCUCUUCGUCGUCUCACGCGCCUUCGCGCAGGCGAGGGCCGUGCGACCAAGGAGGUGCUUUUGAAGAACGACGAGGAUGAGGAAGCCUCAGAACCCUUGGAGUAUCUCAGAGAAGAGGACGAACCCGAGAAAACUGAUGAGUCGGAGAGAGAGGAGAUGGCUUUGGCAGAGGCGGUUGAAGUGAGACCUGUGGUGAAGAAAGGCAAAGAGCGGAACGCCGACUUGGUCAAUCCACCUCUUCCAGAAGGCAUUCGACCCUACACUCCUGGUGAAGGCUAUGGAUCGAACGCGAUCCCCUUCGCCGGGAUCUCCCCGAAGACCUCCAUGCGCCGCAACCCUUCAAACCGGGCGAAGACCAUCGAGAUGCUGAAGGAGGCGAAAGAGAUCGCAGACCGGAAAAGCCAGGAGCUCGCGGAGCGUCGAAGUCGUUUGCCUUCGCAACGUCUCCCCGUCCCGGAGCAUCUCUUCAGCCAACUUGAGGAGAAGGGUUGGCUGGAGAUGUUGGAGUCCAAUGGACUUCAAGUGGAGCGGCUUGAGAUGGGAGACUCCAGGUGGGUACAUUUGCAAAUCUCCGGCGAGGAGGAGAAAGUGAGAGCAGGUGUCUUGAGGCUGAUGUCCAUCAUGGUGCCACCACGUGCCUCAGCCUAGCCACUUGGACCGCGGUGCUACGGUCCAAGCUUGCCGGAUCGCACCGGA